GACAACGAACGUUUGAACAGAAACGAACCAUUAAAUUAGUGCUAAUUGUCACCGCACAUGUGGUAAACCUUCUUCGGCUUUGCCUUAGUAAAUUAAUGAUGGUUUUUGGGCAAUGAAAGAAUACAAACCCGGCAAAACGGUUUGGGGAAUGCAUUUUCUGACUUGAUACGCUUGUAAACAUGCUUCAAGACUUAAUCAACUGUCGUCGUUCGCCAAAUCUAGUAUGGUACUCGGUGACAUAAAUGAAUUUUGUAAAGUAUCUGAAGUAUCGAAACGCUCAAACGACUAGGUAGGUACCUACUAUGGAAAUAAUUAGUGCUAUCCAGGAUAACAAAUCGAAUACGUACAUAAAGCAUGUGCCGUUCCGUUGAAUGCGAAAUGCUCUCAGCAGAGAUAUCGAAAACAUUUCCUUGACAUCCGCCUCUUGUGUGAAGAGCAAUUGGGGGGGACGGUUUGGUAGGAGUUGAGUUGAGACAAGAAUCUGUCGAAAACAGACACGCAUUUUCACUCUCGUUCCGUAACCUGAGGCCAUUUCUACUUCCUUCCGACCUAACCACCGACCGAAACCAGCCAACACAAGGAUGUAAACAUUUACUGUUUGGAUACAUGUGAAGUUGAUAGACCAGCAACCGCAUCGGUGCGUGUGUGCCCUGUAGGGGGAAAACGACACUCCUGAUAGCAGCAAGUACCUGUUGCCGAAAAGGAAAAGAACAAACCCAAUACCUAAACGAACAACAGGCGAUGGAUUACCAGUGUAUCGUGAUCUACACCAUCGUACGAAUUACACCGUAUCAUCCGUACAACUCACUCUCGGAGCUGGAAGCGGAUCUGCAUGGUUGUGUCGAUUGGAUUAAAUUCUACAUUAAAAGAGCUGUUGCCGCCUACCUGAGGGCUCUAAAUCUGUCCCCCUACAAUGCGGUCGUUCACGGAAAUUUGGCCUGCGUGUACUACGAGCAAGGUCUCAUCGAUUUGGCCAUCGACACCUAUCGCCGGGCCAUCGAGCUGCAGCCAAACUUCCCCGAUGCAUACUGCAAUCUGGCGAAUGCCCUCAAGGAAAAGGGUCAGGUCCAGGAGGCCGAAGAUUGCUACAACACAGCCCUCCGGCUGUGCCCUAACCAUGCCGAUUCGCUCAAUAACUUGGCUAACAUAAAGCGCGAACAAGGCUACAUCGAAGAGGCGACCAGAUUGUACUUGAAGGCCCUGGAAGUGUUCCCAGAAUUUGCUGCAGCCCAUUCGAACUUGGCCUCGGUUUUGCAACAGCAGGGAAAACUAAAUGAAGCUCUGUUACAUUACAAAGAAGCCAUUCGCAUCCAGCCGACGUUCGCUGACGCGUACUCAAAUAUGGGAAAUACGCUCAAAGAGAUGCAGGACGUGGCAGGAGCUCUGCAGUGUUACACCAGAGCCAUCCAGAUCAAUCCAGCCUUUGCUGAUGCGCACAGUAAUUUGGCCAGCAUCCAUAAGGACUCCGGCAACAUUCCGGAUGCGAUUCAGUCAUACAGAACGGCACUCAAACUCAAACCAGAUUUUCCCGAUGCAUACUGCAACUUGGCACAUUGCCUACAGAUCGUAUGCGAUUGGACAGACUACGAAGUACGCAUGAAAAAGCUAGUGGCCAUUGUUGCCGAUCAACUCGAUAAAAAUCGUCUUCCAUCGGUUCAUCCGCAUCAUUCGAUGCUUUACCCACUGUCACAUGAUUUCCGCAAAGCUAUUGCGGCCCGACAUGCUAAUUUAUGUCUGGAAAAAAUCAAUAUCCUGCACAAACCGCCUUACAAAUUCCCUCGCGAGUUGAGCGGUCGACUGAGGGUUGGUUAUGUAAGUAGUGAUUUUGGAAACCAUCCGACAUCGCAUCUGAUGCAAUCGAUUCCCGGAAUGCACGAUAGAUCGCGCGUAGAAAUAUUCUGCUACGCACUUAGCCCUGACGACGGAACGACGUUCCGGAGCAAAAUCUCUCGAGAAGCCGAGCAUUUCAUUGAUCUUUCGCAGCUCGCUUGCAAUGGGAAAGCUGCUGAUCGAAUACAUGCCGACGGAAUCAAUAUUCUAGUGAACAUGAAUGGUUACACAAAAGGAGCAAGAAAUGAAAUCUUCGCUCUCAGACCCGCACCAGUGCAAGUCAUGUGGUUGGGCUACCCGGGAACCAGUGGUGCCAGUUUCAUGGAUUACAUCAUAACUGAUUCGGUCACAUCUCCGAUGGAACUAGCGGAUCAGUACAGUGAAAAACUUGCCUACAUGCCGCACACUUAUUUCAUCGGCGAUCAUCGACAAAUGUUCCCACACUUGAAAGAACGCGUAAUCGUUAGUGGUAAACUGGCUAAUCAGUUGGCUGACAACGUUGCAGUGAUCAAUGCAACCGAUCUAUCACCACUAGUGGAAAACACCGACGUCAAAACGGUGCGUGAAGUGGUUCUUGCAAACAAACCAGUCGAAAUUCAGCACAAAGUCGUCGAGCUUCCAACGACCACACCAGUCGAAACAAUGAUCGCUUCUGGACAGAUUCAAACGUCACUCAAUGGGGUGGUUGUUCAAAAUGGCUUGGCCACAACACAAACGAAUAACAAAGCUGCUACCGGCGAAGAGGUUCCGCAGAACAUUGUCGUUACUACCCGGCAACAGUACGGUCUACCUGACGACGCCAUAAUCUAUUGCAACUUUAACCAACUUUACAAAAUCGAUCCCCAUACUUUGACCUGCUGGGUGAAUAUUUUGAAGGCAGUUCCAAAUUCUGUCCUUUGGCUGUUGCGGUUCCCUGCUGUUGGAGAAACCAACAUCCAAUCCGCCGCUCAACAGCUUGGACUUGGCCCUGGUCGUAUCAUCUUCUCCAAUGUAGCCGCCAAGGAAGAGCACGUGCGACGUGGACAGCUAGCAGAUGUGUGCCUCGAUACACCACUCUGCAACGGACACACCACAUCAAUGGAUGUACUUUGGACAGGAACCCCUGUCGUUACACUUCCGGCAGAAACACUGGCAUCGAGAGUGGCCGCGUCUCAGUUGGCCACCCUUGGGUGCCCGGAACUAAUAGCACGGAACCGCCAGGAGUACCAGGACAUCGCCAUCAAACUGGGUUCCGAUCGGGAAUAUCUGAAGGCAAUCCGAGCCCGGGUAUGGGUGGCACGCAGCGAGAGCCCACUGUUCGAUUGCCGACAGUAUGCCCACGGCUUGGAAACGCUAUUCUACAAAAUGUUCGAGCGAUUCAGCCGUGGUGAACGGCCGGACCACAUUUCGGCCAAGGAUAUGGUCAAAUAAUUAUUUAAAAAAAAAAAUAACAACUAGUAGUGUCUUUUCCGCGCAUACAUUGUCUUUUUCACACUUUCCCAAUUUGAAUUUGUUUAACGUGAAAGCAGGCAACUUUCAAAAAUUUAUUUUACGAUAUUCUUAUUUAUUCGAUAGGUUUCCCAUUCAGAAACUGUUGAAAAGGUGAAUGAUUUAAAUCAAUGGAAAUAGUGUUCAUUGAUGCAAAGAUUAUUUUAGUGAUAUUAAAGAUCAUAAGUCAGAAUUAGUGUAAUAAAUACUCUAAGUAAAUGUUAUCUUCUAUUGUAUGUUUUGACACUAAUGAAAACUAUCCAACCGGUUGCAUUGAGCUCAACCGACAUUAUGAGAAGAUUAUGAUUUACAUUUUCCGUAUGACUCUUAGCAAUGAACCUACACGUUAGUAAACAUUUUAAGCAAACCCCGAUUCUGAUUCGCUCCGCUUCUUGUAGAUAGCGAUUCAAUUCUGAUGAUGUGCAUUUUAUUAGUUUUUCAACAUGACAGAUUUGAUCAAUAGACAGGAAAAAUGAAAAGGAAACCAAUAUCCUAAUACAUUGAAAAUCACACAAACGCCAAAAUAUUGGAAUCGGUACCUACUCGUGGGUACCGCCAACCUUACAACUGGUAAAGCACGAUUAAUAAUAUUGUAAAUAAAUUUGUUUCUGUAGAUAAGACGUUUCUUCAAAGAUUAAAACAAUCUAUUUACUAUGUAUAGAAAGUAGUACGAAUUUGAAAUAAAAUGUAUGUUAAAUUGA